GAAAAUAUAUAAAAAGUAAAAUUAUUGAGAAAAAGUUUUUGAAUUUUUUGUGAAAGUUAAAUUUUAUAAAAAAGUGAACAGGGAAAAUUAAAAAAAAAGUUCUGUGUUAAAUUUCAAGAUAAUACAUAAAAUGGCGAAAAAUUUCCUUGUCCUUGUGAUUUUUUGUUCUUCGUCACUUUUUCUAUCUUUGAAUGUAAAUGGAGAUGAAAUUUACACCGAUACAGUAAACAAGACCAGCACAGCAAUUUCAAAAAAGUCAAAACGUGCAGUUGGAUUGGAUAGCCUAGAAAGUCGAGAAUCGAAUGAACUCCCUUCUAGAGAUGACUUAGGAUCGUCAAGUUCGUUCGCCAAACGAGCUCCUUCUGGUUUCACCGGAAUGAGAGGCAAAAAACAAUACGAAUACACUGAUCUUAGUCCAAAUAGUCUAGAUUGGAGCUUUAAUGAUGAUGAUUAUAAUCUCAAUGAUAUUCGUUACAAGAAAGCACCUUCAGGAUUUAAUGGUGUCCGAGGAAAAAAGAUGGAUCAAUUGGAAUAUGAGAAAAGCUUAUUGGAUCAACUUUUUCGCAGACUCUAUGAAGAAAACGAUGAUUUUGAAGAUAUGAGUGCCUACAGUAGAUCAAAUACAGCUCUUGACGAAUGGGAGAAUACAAUUGAUAAACGUGCUCCAUCGGGAUUUACAGGAAUGAGAGGGAAACGUCCUCUGAGUUUUCCUUUUGAUGGUGGAAAACGAACUCCCAAUGCAUUUUUUGGUGUUCGUGGUAAGAGAGAUUACAAACGAUCAGCAGCUGAACAGUUUCAACCAGAAUUUCUAGGUUUUCGGAAUAAAUUCGUUGGAGUGAGAGGAAAGAAAGAUUCAAAUACAGCAAAAUUACAUAGACUUGAAACACAAAUGCUUGGGUUACCGGUGAACAAUUAUAGAUCCCUAUCGAGGUUUUUGAUUGAUUCACCAGAAUACAUGUCGUUAAAACGAGCGCCUUCUGGAUUCGUGGGAAUGCGUGGGAAAAGACAAGCUAGUAGAGAUGAUCUCGAUAUAAAUUUCUAAGCUGUUUAAAAGUGCUACUGAUUAAAAAUCAAAUUUAUUUUUUUUUUCAAAUUUAAAAUGAUGUUUUUAUAUUUACUAAAUAUAAAUUAAAAAUCGUAUAAUCCAUGGCUGGAGGAUUAUAUGAUUUUUAAUAUAUUUUUUUGUUACUGAAUUUAAUUAGACAUACUUAUUUAUAAAUAAACUAUAUUUAUAUCACAAUAAAUUCUGUCACAAAAGUACAAUUAAAAACUAAAGAAUUAAGAUUGUAAAAUAAAUACAUAGGACAAAUCUAUCUGUAAAAAAAAAA